UAUUUACCAAAUCUCACCCCUACAAAAUCUCUCAUCUUUUCAUGGCCUAUUAUCAAAAAGCUACACUAGACCUUAAAAUGAAAGAUGUUGAGCUUGUAAAACCAUCGAAGUCCACUCCUUCUUGUAUUCUUUCUCUUUCUACACUUGACAAUAAAGUUUCCAAUAAUAACAUUUGUCAAUUUGUUCAUGUCUAUCGAUCGUCACCAAUUCAUGAUAAUUCAGAUUCAAGUUUCAAUCCUUGUCAAGAUUUCAAAGAAGCACUCUCAAAGGCUUUAUUUUAUUACUAUCCUCUUGCAGGUAGACUAGGGAGACAUGUUGAUGGAAAACUUAGAGUCGAGAUCAAUGCCAACAAUGCAGAAUUUGGUGUUCCAGUCAUGGAAGCUAUUGCAAAUUGCACCCUUUCUUCUCUUCAUUACUUGGACGAUCAUGACACUGAAAUAGCUAAACACUUGGUUCUUGAUUUUCCUUCUCCUCAAGAUAAAAUCUACCCUUUGGUGUUCAUGGUGACAAAAUUUCUUUGUGGAGGUUUCACAAUUGGAAUGGGAGUGUCGCAUGCACUUUGUGAUGGAUUUGGUGUAUCUCAAUUCUUCAAAGCAAUUGUUGAGCUUGCAAAUGGAAGAAUCGAGCCAUCGGUGAAACCUGUGUGGGAAAGAGAGAGACUAGUUGGUUCAAUAACUAAACAACCAUUUGAAAUAUGCGCCAUGGACAAAGAAUCUGCUGCAUUCACACCUUUCUUGAAUCAUAUCAAUAGCACAGAUAUUAAGCGAUAUUGUUUUAAAGUGGAAGGUGAAAUAAUAACAAGGCUUAAGUUAAGUUUAAUGAAGGAAAGUGAAAAUAUGAAGUUCACAACUUUUGAAUCACUUGCAGGUUAUGUAUGGAGGUCAAGAGCAAGAGCCUUAAAACUUAACAACAAUGGAAAAACAAUGCUAGAUAUUUUAGUUGGUAUUAGGCGACACAUGAAGGGUUAUGAUCCCUUGCCUGAAGGGUAUUAUGGGAAUUCUAUAGUGGAUGGAAAACUUGUGUUAAAAGUUAGUGAGCUCAAUGAAAGGCCACUCUAUGAAAUUGUUAGGUUGAUUAAAGAAACUAUAAAUGUUGCUUCCACCACUGAUUAUGUUACAAAUUCGAUCGAUACUUGGGAGACGAUUAAUCAAGAAGAGGAUAUCAGUACGGAAUUGGAAGCUACUGGUGCAGUAACAGUUCUAACAGAGUGGAAGCAUUUGGGUUUCAUGGAAAAUGUAGAUUUUGGAAAGAAUGAAGUAGUGAAUUUUGUACCAGCACCUUGUAAGAUGCUUGCAACUGUGGAUACCUGCAUUUUCAUGCAUCCUAAUAAAAUUGAUGAUGAUGAUCCAUUAAUGAAAGGAGGUGUUAAGAUUUUCACAUCACUACCAGUUGCUUCCAUGCCCAAAUUUAGGGACGAAAUUGAAGCUUUAAAGGUUCUUUAUUGAAAUUAAACUCAAUCGUGAUAUAUCGCUGCAGUGUAUUUGGAUUGAAUGGAUCAAGUGCAGUUCACAAAUCCUAGCUCAACUGGCAGAAAUGUUAAAAUUGUUAGGUCUGAUCCCUCCAUUUUGUAUGUGUGGAUUUUUAAUAGUUUGUCAUUUCGUCUUUGUAUCAAAAUAUAAAAAUAAAUGGAUCAACAGGAUAUCUUUACUAUUUUCUUUUAUAAAUACUAAUAUAUGUUCAUUUUAAAUAGCAUGUCAUUUAGCGAUCGUCCAUUUAGACAUGUGUCGUGUUUGAGAGUGAUUGUAAAGAUGUCGUGAGCUGUGUCAUCAAUUAUAUAGAAUGCCUUAGAAAUUACAUGGGUAAUCUGAUUUGGGGAAUUAAAUGUAAUGCGGGGAUUUAAAUUAUAUGUGUUAUCAAUUUAAUCAUAUAUCGAACGUGAAAAUUGCUUUUUAAGCCUCUAUAUUGAUUUCAGGCCCCUCAAAUUGAUCAAAUUACCCUUUACGAUAUUUCAAAGCAUAGCUUCCGAAAGCCAAUAGGUUAUUUCGGAACCUAGCUUCCAAACGAAAUUACCCUUUCACAACAACCAACUGGAACAACAAACCAAUUGCUCAGUUUCAAGAAACAGAUAUAUUAUAUAUAUAGACUUUCAGGAACCAAAAUGAAGUUUGUAAUUUCAAGAAGCAAAAUGAAACCAAAGAAGCACCUGAAUUAUGCAAUCUCAACCAAAUCCAAAACUACCGUUCCAAUUCUUAAUAUCCAACUUUAUCAUUCUCUUCCACUCAAUUCAAAGAAGCACCUGAAUUCUAUAAUUCCCCACAAUGCCCCUCCACUUCAAAAUCAAUAACAGUCCAAGUAGCAAUGACACUCAACACAGUUCUGACUGCACUGCAUUCAGGCACAUCGGAG